CUCUUAGGGUUCAAGAGGAACUUCACCUACUGGCGGGGAGAUGACGAGGAGCGCAAGGGCGAAUUCGUCAUGAGCGAGUUCUCUCUCCCGGAAGGCACCGUCAAGUCCGACCGCAAAGAUUUCGUCAUAUGCCGGUUGAAGAGGAAGAAGAGAGGACCAAUCCACGACGACAACGUUGAUGCCGCGGAGGACGCGCCAAGAAUGAUGCUAGUGUUACAAGAACAAGAAAACAACAACGAUGAUGACGUGUCGUUUUCGUACGACGAGCUGUUCGGCGGAAUAGAGGUCGAAGACAUGACCGCCGCCCCCGCCUUGUUACAAAAUGAUGAUGCCGCAAGUAAUGAGACAUGUCCAUGCACCACCAAUACGGCGGCGGCGGUGGCGGCGGCUCCUCUUAGUGGGGUUUCUGGUGAUACAGCAUGGACGCUAGAGAUGGUGGAAGAUUUCUUGCUAAAAGACGACGACGCGGGGACGCAGCGGCUAGUGCGGCGGAGAUUCAAGAAGAUAAUGGAUGUUGAUUGCUGCUUGAGUGGAACUAUGACUACCUUGAAGUUUGAAGUUCCGUUAUUUGAUGGAAGGGCGGACUUCAUGUUGUGGCAAUGCACGAUUCAAGACUAUUUGGUCCAGCAAGGUCUUGAAUUAGCAUUGCAAGAUGAGAAACCAAGUGAUAUGAAAGAAUCAAAGUGGAGUACAAUCCAGAAGAAGGCUGUCAGCACAAUUCGGUUGGCACUGCCCCCACAGAUUAAAGUGACAGUGCUGAAAGAGACAUCACCAAAGAAGUUGUGGGAAACGUUGGAGAGCAAGUUUGCGUCGAAGACACUUACUAACCGGUUGAUGAUGAGGAUGGAUUUGUACUCACUGAAGAUGGAAGAGGGAGGUAGCAUAAUUGAUCACAUCAACAAGUUUAAUGAGUUAGUAUCAAGGCUGUUAAAUGCAGGGGAGACUAUCAAGGAUGAAGAGCAAGGGCUGCUUCUACUGGCUUCACUACCAAAAUCCUUUAAGCCGUUUGUGCAGUCAAUGAUAGCAGGAAGGACUACACUGCGACUAGAUGAGGUGACGACUGCCUUGAAGGAGAGUCAAAGGAUGAUGGGAGGUGAAGAGUCUUCCAGGGACAAUCAUUUACUAGCUGCUAUGAUCUCCUCUGAAGAUAAGAGUACUGCUGGACAGAAGAUUCUGCAGGAUGGGAGUAUCGCUGCAGAAAUCGCAAAUGAUGUAGGACUUUGAAUUAAGGGGAGAUUUGUUGAGUGUUACUUCAAAGUCCCACAUCGGUGGGAUAGGAAAAUUGAGGAGGGAUUGGAGCCUAUAAAUAAAGAGGAGAUAUAGGC